AAAAUACUCGGUGGUGUCAGCCAUGCCCAGCAAGUUAAGGAAGGCCAUCUACGCCGUGAAAGAUCAAACCAGCAUCAGCCUUGCCAAAGUCUCCGCCUCCGGCAGCGGCCCCAAUGCUACCUCCUUGGAAGUCACCAUCCUCAAAGCCACCACUCACGACGACGUCCCUCUCGACCACCGUUACCUGGCGGAAAUCCUCCUCUUCAUCUCCUCCAACAAAUCCCACGCCGCCGUCUGUGUUCAUUCCAUCGCCAAACGCAUUACCAGAACCCGUAAUUGGAUCGUGGCCCUCAAAUCUCUCAACCUCGUCUUCCGUAUCUUCCAAGAAGGCGACCCGAUUUUCCCCCGCGAAGUUCUCCUCGCCAUGAAACGCGGCGCUAAAAUCCUUAACCUCUCCAAUUUCCGCGACGAUUCAAAUUCCAAUCCGUGGGAUUACACCGCUUUUGUUCGAACCUUUGCUCUGUAUCUCGACGAACGCCUCGAUUGCUUUCUUAACGGGAAGCUUCAAAAGCGAUACACUCAAGGGAAGACUAGCCGACGGAUGAACGAGCCGAUUCGGGAUAUGAAGCCGACGAUGUUAAUUGAUCGGAUUUCUUACUGGCAGAAAUUACUGGACAGAGCAAUCGCCACUAGACCCACCGGAUCGGCGAAGAGGAAUCGAUUGAUUCAACAUUCGCUUCACGCCGUCGUUCAAGAGAGCUUCGAUUUAUACAGAGAUAUCUCCGAUGGGCUUGCGCUUCUCUUGGAUAGCUUCUUCCAUUUGCAGUACCAAUCCUGUGUUAAUGCGUUUCAUGCGUGCGUGAAAGCCGCGAAGCAAUUUGAGGAAUUGGGUUCUUUUUAUGAUGUGUGUAAAAGUAUUGGGGUUGGAAGAACCUCGGAAUAUCCGAGUGUUCAACAGCCUUCCGAUGAGUUAGUCGCGACAUUGCAGGAGUUUUUGAAAGAUCAUGCUUCCUUCCCCUGCCAUGGAAAUCGAUCGCCGGCGGCGGCGGCGGCUCCGACGCUGAUGCCGACGCCGACGAAGGUUUUUCUCUCUGGACCAACGGUGAAGUUCACCGACGAACAAUCGGAAUCGUCGGAUAAGAAUUCGGAGAGGGGGUCUGAUUUUAACUCGUUUGGGGAUAUUAAUUCCGUCGAGUAUGACGGCGAGUGCUUCUCCGAUUAUCAGCAAUCCCAGUUGGGAGAUUUCAGUAAUGAAUCGAUUCUGUCUCCGACUUUUGCGUUCUUUGAAGAAAACCAAAAGGGUUUUCAAGCGGAAGAACACCUAUUUAGACUUGGGGAUUGGGAGCUCGUUCUGGCGGAAUCCGCUACCGCGCCGCAAAAUUGGCCGGAUUUCUACUCGCCGUUCGUGGGCGACAACAUGUUUGUGAAGCCCUUUGCGCCGCAGCAGCAGCAUCACAACAACAACCCAUUUCUUCAAGAUUCAAGCGAUUUAUUCACAGUUGCACCAACAUUCAAAGCAGAGACGGAAAUGACUCAAACAUUUGGCGGUCAUAAUUUGAAUGAAGCAACCACGAUGGCCCCAACAUUCAGAGCAGAAACAGCAACAUUUCUGAUUGGAGUUGAUAUGGGCAUUGAAAACGAUCCAUUUGCAGUGCCGUGGGGAAGCGAAUUGAGUGGAAAUGAUCGGAGUUUUGAAGUGAUGAAUCAUGAUAGUUUGCUGCAGCAGCAGAAAUUGUGGAAGGAGCAUCAAAACAAGAUUAUAGCGAAGCAUUCGUUGUGAGUUUUGGAGAAGAAUU